AUGGUAGCCAUGUCUGACCAGGACGACGACCGCUUGACUGUUCCCAAGUUCUCAUCCAUCACAUCGAGCAAGCCCGAGGCUACCACGUCAGACAAGUCUCUAACCAGACAUGGAGCAUCUACUGUGCCCAAAUUCUCGUCUUUCAAAUUGGCAGAGAAGAGCGCUAGGGAUGCCGCGCACUCCACUGACCGUCGCCACAAGCACGAUGAUGAACGUCGGAGGCACCACAAAGAUGAGCGCCGUGAGCAUCACGACGAGGAACGCAAGAAAAGAAGCCACCGCCAUCCGGAAAGAGAUAGGGACCAUGGAGAUGCCAAGCGACGUCGUCAUGAGCGCCCUGCUGCGGAUGUACAGGCAGGCCAGGGUUGGCUCAGUUCUCAAAGAUCCAGGGGCCCGGAAGAGCGGCACCACGCCAGCUUACCUGCGUCUGACUCGCAUGGCUCAUCAAACACGCCGCACAAGCCAUCCAGCACAUCUUCCCAGACUUUCUUUUUUGAUACGAAAGGCGACCCAUUGAUCCGGAAAUAUGGUGGCAUAGAGAGAGCCAAGAUACCAGAUUACAGGCGAUGGGGCGCAGGCAAGGUCCUUGGUACGGCUGGCCGACUGGUCAUUCACCGUGAAGGAGCUCGAGAUCUCUUCAGCCUACGCAUGCCGGGCGAUGGCUUCUCGAGCGAGAGGGAGGGACUGAGGUCCAAGAGGCUUCGGCUUCAGCCGCCAGUGACCUUGAGAGCCAGAAAGCGGACAGCUAAUGCAGAGACUGAAGAGGGUUUCCUGCCGGUCGGUGGCUACAUUCCACCUCGCAAGCAUGUUCAAGAUGUAGACUCGGAAGGGGAGGAACAAGUGAACUAUCGAUCGAUCGAAGGCAAGGCAAAGACGAAGCCCUUGGCCGACAGUGAAGCGAGCGAGGAGUCUGAGCUCGAGGACGAAGAGGAGGCGCCACCCUUGGAUCGGACCGAACCCUUGAAAUUGCGAUCUAUAGAGCUGAGACGACAGGUCAAGGAGCAUCCUGACAAUAUUAGUGCGUGGAUUGAGCUGGUUAAUCACCAAGACGUACUACUGCGCGCUGGACAGGUCUUCAGCCACGAGGGAUCAAGAGACGAGGCUCACAGCUACACGGAGAUCAAGGUCUCUAUGCUCGAAUCGGCCCUUGGGAACACCAGCACUGCACGCGACCGAGCUCGGAUCCUCAAUAUGCUGAUGCGCGAGGGUGUCAAAGUUUGGCCUCCAAAGACUGCUGCGAAGAAGUGGUCCGAAGUACAGCACGAGGAAGAGCAUGAUCUGCUUCUAUGGAAGGCACACGUCGAGUUUGAAAUGUCCAACAUUGCAACUUUUCAUUUCGACAGGAUAAGGGACAUGUUGACAACAAGGCUUCACCAGGCCGCGAAUCGAUCCGAGCCUGGGCUUGCUAGGCGCAACAACUAUAUUGAGGCAAUCUACGUCUUCCUCAUACUGACCCGGUUCAUCUUUGACGCUGGGUUCAGAGAAUUGGCUGUCGCAGCCUGGCAAGGGCUGAUGGAAAUGACAUGCUUCCGGCCGAGCCAUGCCGCGAAUCUAGACGAGGCUCGAGCAGCAUUUCAGGACUUCUGGGAUAGCGAAGUCGCCCGCUUUGGCGAGCCGGAUUCAGAAGGCUGGAAGAACUAUGCUGCAGGCAAAGGCGAUUUAGAACCUCCUGAACCAGCGCAAGCCCAAGACGAGAGCAAGCCAGUGAAAUUGGGGGAUGUCUACAAACGCUGGGCUAUGUUGGAGCGCUCGCAGGCGGCGAAAGCGCGUAUGCCAGCCCGAACCUUGGACGAAGACACAGGAGACGACCCGUUCAGGGUUAUCAUGUUUUCCGACAUCCAGCCUGUUCUCUUCUUCAUACCGUCAACUGUCCUGCCGCAGGUGCGAACCUACUUGCUAGAUGCUUUUCUGAUAUUCUGCGGCCUGCCCCCAGCGUUGUCCUCGAACGAGUGGCCGCAGGACCCUUGGCAAGACGCUUUCCUCUCCGGGGCCAGGGCUGCGUUGGGAGUCAAAAGCAGCUGGGAGACAGAGGAAAAUGACGGUAUGAACGAGGGUACGCGGAAGUCACCCAAUUUCGGAACUGCAAACCUAUGUGCGGUUCCCUCUGCAGAUUUACUAACCAGCAAUGAGACCUGGUACAGCUUUCUUCGCUCGGUAGCGAGCUCGGCAACACUGAACACCGAUUGGAGCCAGAGAGGUACGAUGCAGGCUAUUCAGGGGCUCGGGCUCGGUGCCUCAGCGCCGUACGUACUCGCCUUGGGUGCUGCAAAUCCCGAGACAAACUUGAAAAAACUGGCCAAGGGGAUGCUGAAGCAAUACCCUACCGAUGCAGCGUUGUACAACCUGUAUGCGGUCAUCGAGCAAGCUCAAGGCAACAAUGACACGGCUGUCAAGGUACUUAGCUCAGCUGCAGCCAUGUUCAAGGACAUGUACAAGCCUCGUAGCUUGUUGCUCUGGAGAACGUGGGCCUGGAUCGAGCUGGAAGCUGGCAACAAGAUGCUGGCCAUUAAGCGACUGUGCUCUUUUGCAGAUGAGAAUUUGCGCCAGGCUCCGGAUGCCCCGUUUAGCGCAUCUGGUUCCGACCUUCUGAAGGCUCGACAAGCUAUAGCAUCGAUUGAACUUGGUUCGGACGCCGUGAGCGUUGAGCUGGCGCAAACGCAAGCCGAAGGCCUGGCAUUAUUGGCCUACCUUACAGCAGAUGGCUGUACAGAGCCCACGUCUCUGGCCCAGGGCAACAUCUCGGCUGCCAUGGCUAGCGUGGACGAGGCGACAAGAGAUUUUCGUCUCCGAGGGGCAGUGACUCAGGCUGCGCACGAGGCGACUUUGCAAUUCGCAGCCAAGCUACUCUAUCUCCAUGCCCGCAAGGGACCUUUCCGGCGGGCAUUCAUACGCGAGCAGCUCAUCAAGUUCUUGGACCUUUGUCCUCGCAACACCGUCUUGCUCUCACUCUUGGAAUGGUGCGACUCCAGCCUCCGGGUGAUUGACGACACGCGUACGUUGCUACACGACAAGAUCCUGAUCCCGCCGCAUGAUUGCCACAACAGCCGUGUGUUUGCCAUUGAGCACGAGCAGAACCGUGGCAACGUGAACACCACGUGCAGCGCAUUCGAGCAGGCCGUGUCCAGCGACGCCGCCAAGUCGAGCGUGCAGUUGUGGGUAUCGUACAUUCGCUUCUGCCACUCCCAGAAGGAGCUACGCGCGAAGGCAAGGGACACUUUUUAUAGAGCGCUGCGGGACUGCCCGUGGUCCAAGGAUGUCAUGAUGGAGGCAUUCGGGACGCUGGUGCAGGACAUGGACAGCCACGAGCUGCGCAGCGUGUAUAAUACAAUGAUGGAGAAGGGGCUACGUGUUCAUGUGGACUUGGAAGAGUUCCAGGGUCGCCACGACGUCCCCAAGGAGCGGAAGCGCUGA